CAUAGCGUGUAUAUUGUGUCGUUCGUGUGUGCAGUGAAAUUUUUUAAAAUUUCUGUAAAGUAAAGAGAAUACAUUUAAAGAAGUAUCAAAAAUUUUUUAUUGUAAACUCAAGAAAAUCUUUACCAGUGGAUAAUGUCUCAGGACGAUGACGUAGGAUUUUUAUACAAAACAAUGAUUGAAAGAGACCCAAAGAAGAGGAGAGUCAAGCCUAUAGGAACUACACCUUUGCUUGACUUUGAUUUAGGUGAAAGUUCUGAUGACAGUGACUUUAGGAUUGAGGAUCAUUGUGAGGAAUCUGAUGAUGAUUCAGAGGACUCCAACGAUAUUGGAAAAGAGGAGGAAGAUGUGUCUGAGGAAUCUGAUGAUUCCUUGGAAGAUCCAUUACUCAAUAGAAAAGAAAAUCCUAAUUUGACAGUGGGGGAUGUAAUUGAACAAGCUCGCCAACAAGCAUUAAGAGGAGGCCCUCUAGAAGACAAAUUAAGUAAAAUGUUAAUUUGUUGUGGUUGCUUAGGAGAUAGAAGCGAUGAUAUUAAUGAAAUCGUUGAAUGCGAUGGAUGUGGUGUUAGUGUACAUGAAGGAUGCUAUGGUGUGUCUGAUGUAGAAAGUUUUUCAAGUACUGAUUCUUUAUGUCAGUCAGCACCAUGGUUUUGUGAAGCUUGCAGUGCAGGCAUUGAGGAUCCUUCUUGUGAACUCUGUCCAAACAAGGGUGGAAUUUUUAAAGAGACUGAUGUAGGCAAAUGGGUUCAUUUAGUAUGUGCACUUUAUGUACCCGGUGUUGCUUUUGGAGAAGUCGAUCGUUUAUCAAGUGUAACACUUUUCGAAAUGGCAUAUAGCAAAUGGGGGGCAAAGCAGUGCUCUUUAUGCGAAGAUGCGCGUUUUGCUCGAACUGGUGUAUGUAUAGAAUGUGAUGCAGGAAUGUGUCACACAUAUUUUCACGUUACUUGCGCACAAAGAGAAGGUUUAUUAUCUGAAGCUCAUAGCGAAGAAGUUGAUCAAGCCGAUCCAUUCUAUGCACACUGUAAACUUCAUUCCGAUAAAACUCUCGUCCGUAGACGUAGACGCAAUUGGUUAGCUCUGCAAUUACGUGCUCAGUAUCGACAACAGUUAUUAAAACAACCUAACCACUUAGAUACUGAAGAACAGCGUAGAAUUCAAAGAAAAUUAGCAAAACAUAGACAUAAAUAUUUGGCUCAUAAAGCGUCUCGACCACCGCCAUGGGUGCCAACCCAGAAAAUGCCUCGGUUAUUAACAACAUCCGCUUCUGCUUGUCGACAAUUGGCUAGAAAAGCAGAACUCAUGGGCGUUGAUACAGCUGCAUUAGAAGCACAGGAAGCACAACUGGUAGCUUUAGUCGAUGUUAGGAAAAAAUGGCAUAUACCGCCUGCUUUCAGUGUAGAAUUUAUCGGUUAUUAUUUAGACCGUAAUUUGCGAGUAACGUCUAUGAAAAGAAGGCUGCAAGAGCUUCUUGAUGUCAAUUCGCAAUUACUGAAUGAACAGCAAAGGUUAGACAGAAAGUAUGACGAGGUGAUGAAAGACAACGAGGAACAAAUUCGCGUUAAUGUAACAUUAAAAGAGAAGAUUGAAAUGUAUCAUCAAGUCCUGCAAAAUAGCGGUUAUGCCAAAUCUUUACCGCAAAUAUCUGACUUGUCAAAGCCAAGGAUAACACCAACUCUAGGCACAGGUUUAGGCGUACCGACUGCAGCUGCCUUAAAAAUGGGCGUUGGCUUUCCUCUACCAGUUGGUAAAGGAAUAGAAGGAAUACGCGAAGGUAGGGUGUUAAGUAGUCAGGCACAAGAUCAGAAUCAUAAAGGUGAACUGACAUUAAGGCAUCAAUGUGGGAUAUGUAGAAGAUCUACGAACCAGCAUCUUCUUGCAAAAUGCGACACGUGUCAUCUUCAUUACCAUUUAUCUUGUCUUAGUCCACCUCUGUCACGUAUGCCCAAAAAAACAAAACUCAUGGGAUGGCAGUGUUCGGAAUGUGAUAAAGAAUCUUCUGGAUCAGAGGUGGAACGUGUCGAUACAUCAGCCCCACGUAAACUUAGACAUUGUAAGGAUGAUUCUAACUUAACAUCAACACCAACACCACCGCAAGAGAUGCAAGCGCCUACAACACCAACGACGCCAAGCACCUCGAAAAAUUCUUCCGGUAACCUUAGUAGUGUAACAAAUGUCACCGCUCCUGAUACACCUACAACACCAAAGGUAACUAUAAAACCAGUGGGGCCACAACCUCUAUCUUCAACUCCCGUUCAAUCAGGAGAACUAGUAUACAAUCAGCAAUCUAUUAAUAAUGUGACAAUACCAACGAGGGAAGGAUCACCAGAGUAUAUGGUCGCUUCAGCAGAUGGUACAGAGUCUGUUUCACAAAGGAGUGCAAAGAAGAGGAGAAGGGAGAAGCACAAAAGGUACACUCCAGAUCCAAUUACGGGAAUAAAACAAAGAAAACGGAAGCAUAAAAGGAAAAGUCUCGAUGUGGAAAAUCCAGAAGGACAAAGUCAACCAGAAGUUCAUAGAAGAAUAACUAUAAAGAUAAAACCGAUUCCAAGACCAGAGGGAGAAGCAGCUUCUGAAUCAAGUCCACAAAUGUUGUUUGUUGCCACAUCGACCAGUACUGAAAUCACAUCUCCGCCGCCACCUAAACUACCACCCCCACCUGCACCACCUGUACCACCUGCACCACCUCUAGUUCCAACACCUACGCCUGUUACGACAAACGCAACUACUAAUAGUACAAGUAAUAGAGCAUCCACGGGAAACGGAAAAAGAGGGAAAGACACAGACCUUUUAACCCAUUGUAAUGUCUGUGAUAUGCCUGGCACCAGUCAAAAUCUUGUCAUGUGUGAUGAAUGUAAAAAAUGCUACCACUUCACCUGUCUCGAUCCGCCAGUUAAAAAGUCGCCCAAAAGAAGAGGCUAUUCGUGGCAUUGUGCAGACUGCGAUCCUAGUGCCUCUGAAACUGAGACUUAAUAUCAACAAUUUUAUGUCUGCAGCUAUAAUUCUACGUUUAAAUAAAUUAAGAC